CCUUUAUGGAUUGGGCCUCCGGUUCCCCACGCCUUAUGGGCCGUGGAGCAGAUCAUAUAAAGAGGUUACAUCCAGCUAUAGCGCCGGACACCCAGAGGGCACCUGGAGGAGGACCGCAGGAAACAGAGAUGGCUUCAUUAAUGUGGGGACUGGUGUGCGUUAUCGGCGUUGUCCUGGCACCGGGAUCUUUUGGCACUUUCUCACGGCCCCGGUCGCACAUUACGCCCCCAAUUCCACGAGUGUCCCCGCAGGUGCCCCCGAAGUUCUAUGGGCGCCUCGACGAUAACAGAUCUACUGACCAAACCUUCGACGAAGCACUAAAUGACGAAAAAUUUCAGCAGCUCCAGGCGGAUGAUUUCACCGUCCGAGGAGUCCAGGAGCGGCGGAAGGCGCGAGCAGAUGCUGGCACGUAUUCCACAUCUCAGCCACUACAAAAAAGCCCAAAGCUGCUUUCACCGCUGCAAGACAAAGCUGCACCACUUGGAUCCUGGAAGCCUGCUGGAGACCCCAGAGUAUCAUCGUCAUCCAUGAGAACUAAUGCAGCAACAAGAACCAACUGCAGAAAUCGACCAAUAGAUCUGGUUUUCAUCAUUGACAGCUCCCGCAGUGUACGCCCUGCUGAGUUUGAAAAAGCCAAGGAAUUCCUGGUGGACAUGGUGGACAGUUUGGCCAUUGGCUCUGAUGCCACUCGAGUAGGCCUCGUCAAUUAUGCCAGCACCGUGCAAAUCGAGUUUCUGCUGAACACAUAUUCUGACAAGUCUCAUGUGAAGCAGGCACUGGCCCGUGUUGAGCCCCUUGCUUCAGGCACCAUGACAGGGAUGGCCAUUAAGACGGCCAUGGACAAAGCUUUCACCAUGGAGGCAGGAGCCCGAGCUGGCUCCGCAAGCAUCGCCAAGGUGGCCAUCAUAGUGACAGAUGGGAGGCCCCAGGACAAGGUGGAGGAAGUGUCAGCAUCAGCACGAGCAGCGGGGAUCGAGAUCUACGCUGUGGGAGUAGACAGAGCUGAUGUGGCGUCUCUCCGACUCAUGGCCAGCCAACCUUAUGAUGACCAUGUCUUCUAUGUGGAGACCUAUGGUGUCAUAGAGAAGCUCACUUCAAAAUUUAGGGAAACUUUGUGUGGUAAGGAUGACGAUGAUGAUGAUGGUGAUGAUGGGAGUGAGGAUAAACGUGUAGAUCCUGGAAGUGAUGAUUACAGCCUAGAUAGCAGGAAGGACGGUAACAGAAUAAAUGAGCAUGAUGAUAAAGGAAACAACGGUUUGGAGCCAUGUGCUCAGGGACACAACUGCCAGCAUAUUUGUGUCAACAGUGGCGACUCGUACAACUGCAAGUGUCGCCCGGGCUACAUCCUUAACCUGGACAAGAAAACAUGCUCACGUUCAGAUCCAUGCGCCCGGGGAAAUGACUGCCAACACAUUUGUAUCAACAAUGAUGACUCGUACACCUGCAAGUGUCGAGUUGGCUAUGUACUGAAUGUGGACCAGAAAACAUGCUCACGUUCUGAUCCAUGUGCCCAUGGUCAUGAUUGCCAGCACACUUGUGUUAACAGUGAUGACUCAUACAUCUGCAAAUGUCGAGUGGGAUAUGUAUUGAAUCCAGAUAAGAAAACAUGCUCACGUUCAGAUACAUGUCCCCAGGGACAUGACUGCCAGCAUGUUUGUUUCAGCACUGGUGAUUCAUACAUGUGCAAAUGUAAAAUGGGAUACAUAUUGAAUCCAGACCAGAAAACAUGCUCACGGUUGGACUUAUGUGCAAAAGGACAUGAUUGCCAGCACAUUUGUGUCCACAGUGACGAUUCGUAUGUCUGUGAAUGUCACGUGGGAUAUGUUUUGAAUGCAGACCAGAAAACAUGCUCACGGUUGGACUUAUGUGCAAAAGGACAUGAUUGCCAGCACAUUUGUGUCCACAGUGACGAUUCGUAUGUCUGUGAAUGUCACGUGGGAUAUGUUUUGAAUGCAGACCAGAAAACAUGCUCACGUUCCAGUUCAGAUGCGUGUGCCCAGGGACAUGACUGCCAGCACAUAUGUGUUAAUAGUGGGAAUUCAUACAUCUGCAAAUGUCGAGUGGGAUAUGUGCUGAACGUGGAUCAGAAAACCUGCUCACGUUCAGAUGCUUGCGCUCAGGGACAUGACUGCCAGCAUGUUUGUAUCAACAAUGGUGUUUCUUACACAUGCAAGUGUCGAGAAGGAUAUGUGUUGAAUACAGACCAGAAAACAUGUUCCCAGGAAAUGAGGAGUGAAAUAACCGAGGAUGCCUGCAUGUGUGAAGCUCAGAUUGUGUUCCAGAAAAAAGUACAGUCAACCAUUCAGGAGCUGAGCAGAAAACUCAAUGAACUCUCAGACAAAGUGAAUCAGAUUGAAAGCCACCAGCAAUAUUAAGAGCAGCAAUACCAUCAGAGGGCAAGUGCAGAGCAUGCAUUGCAUCCAGCUUCACGACCCAUGGGAGUCAACCUGUAAACAUCUGUAAACUGGAAUGUUAACAUUUCAGUGAAAGUGUGCGUGGUUUUGAUUUUUGUCAUAUUAAAUCUGGAUUUUUUUUUUAGAAUUUGCUGCCCAAUCUGUUUUUACUUUUUACUUUUGCUGUAAAGUCAGGUAAAACUGGUGUACAUGUUUACAUAUACCUGGGUUCCUAUUCAAAUAUGGAUGACAACUUAUUUAUCAACAUGUAGUCAACUAAACAUCUCUGCUUCUAUAAUUGUUGUUUAUUCAGUAGACAGCCUAUUACUUUCCUAUUGUGCAUACGCUACUUUGAGAGCUUUUCUAUGUCAGUGAAGUGUAGCUCUUGGCAGAACACUCAGCCUCCAUAGCAGAAAGAUAUAAGAUAAUCUCUUAUGCAACAAGAGUUUUAUAGUCGUCCGUCAGAUUGCAGCAUUAUAAAAAAGACCAAAAAUGAAGCCUGAUUCAACAGGCUCAUGGCAUGUUACAUCACAGUGAUUUAUUAUAUUCCCUCUCUUUGAUACCUGGAUUGUUUGAUAACCUUUUUAUUAUGAUUAUAAUUAUCGUUUUGCUUGCACAAAUGUGAUUAGUAAUUACUAUUUUGUUUGAAGGAGAUGGAAAGUAGUUCCAAGAGUUUAAGUAUUACCAACUCUUCCAGUACUUUGCACACUUGGCCAUGAAAGUCUGUUUUCGUGAAAAGUUUUAAAAACCUGACAUACUGUACAUACAUGUGCUGUUUAAAUAGACGACCAUAUGCAUGACAUAAUGUAUAUUCGUACUUAACUGUCUGUAUAUUGAUUUUGUAAAGGGUAUUUAGUGGCACAUGAAAAAUAAAUUUUCUGAAACAAAGGA